AUGGAACGCGCUGAAGGCGCACAGGACCUUCCUCAACCCAGUGACAUCUAUGGGCUGAACAUGGAGAUUCCAAAGAAUCUUCCCAAAAAAAGAAAAAGGAAGAGAAAGAGGAGAGUUCAGCCGCCAAAUAAGAGGAGGAGAAUAGAAACAUCAGAGAAGGCGAAAGAUGGCGGCAAAGAAAAAAUGAUCAAGGCUUCAAAAAGACCUGGAAGCCCUAUACAGGAGAGUAUCCUAAAAAAGAGGAAGAGGGGAGAAAAGACAGGGGGAAAAGCUGAAGAUGGACCAAGCACAUCCUAUAACACUGAGAUGGAACAGCUGUCAGUGACAACCCCAGCAGAAACCCCCAUCAUUGUGACUGGACUGGAAAGCUUCACCUUCCAUAAAAUUCUUGGAGAGGGUGGUUUUGGUAAAGUCAUGCUGGCCACACAUCCCGGCUGCCAACAACAACUGGCAGUGAAGCUGGUGAAGAAGAGGGUCCUGCUUCAGAACUUUAGUAACAACGUUCUGAUUGAGCGACAGGUCCUGGAGGUGACUGGGAAAAGUCCACUAUUCACCCAUGCUUAUGCCACCUUCCAGACCAAGGACUAUGCCUUCUUCAUCAUGGAGUUUCUCAGCGGAGGAGACCUAGGUGACCUCAUACAUGCCAAAGCCCCAUUCACCAUUCCAGUCACCAGAUUUUUUGCAGCUGAGAUCAUCUGUGGGCUGCAGUUUCUCCAUAACAGAGGCAUCAUACAUAGAGACAUAAAACCAGAAAACAUCUUAAUGGACAGCGCCGGUCACUUGAAAAUUGCCGAUUUCGGUCUUGCCGUGAUGAACAUCUUUGGGGAAAGGAAGAUCUCACAAUAUGCCGGAACUCUUAGCUACAUGGCACCCGAGGUGAGGAAUCAUCUAUGUGCUUCUCAUUGUGCAUAG